AUGUUUCUCAACUCGAUCCUUGUCAUCUUUACGGACUUUACUGCUAGACUACUGGGCAAUGCGUUCUUUCGACGUCAUUUCCAUCUGUUUCUGUCAGCCAUGGUCAUAUUUGGACCUUUUCUGAAUGUAUGGGUGUCUCACUACAGCAUUUUUGCAAGAAGAAGUCAUUUUCUCUACAGGAUUUUUCUACGCUCAGGCUGGGGUUGGACAUGUAUCUUUGUAGGCUCCUUCGUGUUCCUACUUUCUCUCACUGUGAGGCGCUCUUUAAGGCUUGCCCUGCAGCACCUCUCCCGGCUGGUUGUAGCUGCUGGGCUGUGGUUGUGCUUUUGUAAGCUGGUAAGCCUACUGGAGAAUGCCACAGGAAGUUGCUAUGAGCCCCUCAGUUCGACUGAGUCCGCCAAUGAAGAGGGCAAGCCGAUGUUACUUUUACGGGAGGGUCAAACCAAGGCUAUUUGCAUCGGCUCCGGCAUGCUCUGGCGAGGAUACGAGGUCUCCGAGGACAUAUUUCUGCUCUGUAUGUGCUGCCUAUUGCUGGCUGAAGAGACAGCGGUGUUUGGGCCUUAUCUAAACCUGGGUGGGAUGCCUGGCGCACCCCUGCGCAUUCUGUUCUUGUUUUGCGUCCUCUUGCUAAGCCUGUGGUUGUUUCUGCUUUUCUGUCUACUGGCUUAUUUUCCGCAGUUCCCAAAUCAGCUCUUAGGAGGGGCUUUAGGUUGCCUUAGUUGGAGGGCAACAUACCAGGGCUGGUUCUGUUUGGGACCAAGCUGGUGCUGCCCUGGAAAGCCUGGUGUGGGACUACUGAAAACCUAGGGAUGAAGUAGGGGAACAUUUGUUACUGCUAUUUAAACACAGUAGACCCUUGACUUAUGAAUUUUAAUUGGUUCCG